AUCCUCCACUAACUAAACAAUGACAGUUGAACCAGAAACUUAUUUGCGUACUUUACCUUCUAUUCGUGAACGCUGCCAAAAAGUGUAUGAAAAGGCUCAACAAGGUCAACUCCAAUGCUUCGAUAUCCAUGAAGACAAGGCUUUACCUGCCAUCGUGGAGCACGUUCUCACGACAACGCAACGCCGGUUCUCGGACGUGAGUAGUGUUCCUCCUCACUCUCGUCUUCGUCAUUUUGAUCCUCGAGAUAUCGAGGGGUUGAUGCAAACAUGGCAAACGAACAAUGUAGCCCAAAUAGAACAAGCACGCCGUCUGGUCGAUUUGGUGAUUGUUUCCGUCUUGUUAGAUGCAGGUGCGGGACAAGUAUGGAAGUAUAAGACCCAACGUGGUGACUAUGCUGGACGGUCAGAAGGCUUGGCUAUAGCUUCUUUUGAUAUGUUUAUAGCAGGACGUUUUUCUACAAACGAGCAUGUUCCUGAUCAAGUCGAUGUGGGAGGUUUGAACAAGGUGACAGUGGAGCGUAUGGCAGCCGAUUUUCAAGUGACAGAAGAAAAUCCUAUGGUGGGAUUAGAAGGACGCUCAAAUUUAUUAAAGCGUUUGGCUGCAGUGAUGGACGAACAAUCCAUGUAUUUUCCAACACAAAAUCAAACUGAGACUCGUAGACCCGGGCAUCUCGUUGAUUAUGUCCUGUCUUCUGUUGAUGAUGUUUCCGAACAAGGCAGUAAGAAGGCAUUGCGCGUUGAAAAGAUAUGGGAGGCUGUGAUGAGUUUAGGGGCCAUGUGGCCUGCUCGUGUCCAAAUCAAUGGUGUCCAAAUGGGCGAUGUCUGGCCUUGUCCUUGCUUAACAUCUGGCAACAAUAGCAAUGACGCUUAUGAGGAUUUAGUUCCUUUCCACAAAUUAUCGCAAUGGCUAACUUAUUCUUUAAUAGAAGCUAUUGAAACGGGUCUGAAUGUCACUGUACAAGGCGUUGAGUUGUUGACAGGUUUACCUGAAUACAGAAAUGGCGGCUUGUUGGUUGAUUAUGGUUUGUUGACGUUGAAGUCUGAUGAAGUUAAACGCGGUAUCGCGGCAGCUGUCGAUCCUGAAGCUGAUGAUGCUUUACCUACGUUUGAGGGAUCCGACCCUGUCAUUGUUGAAUGGCGUGCAUUGACAGUUAUCUAUUUAGAUAUCAUUAAGCAAAAGGUGGAAGAGAAGCUCGGUAAGAAAUUGUUGCUAGCACAGGUAUUGGAGGGAGGCACCUGGACGGCUGGUAGAGAAGUGGCUGCCAAGCUGCGGCCCAAGGAUGGUGGACCGCCCAUCGUCAUCAAGAGCGAUGGAACUAUCUUUUAAAUAUAGUUGGUACAUCUGCAUUAGAAUAGCUUUGUAGUAAUUAAUCAGGCGCUAUAUCUAAUGAUAGAAUGUAAGAUUUGCAUCUAUCAAUUUAUUAAAGCAAAAUACGUAUAACGUGACAAAGAGCUGGCAUUUCCUUUUAUUUAAAAACUUGUUUGCCCCCCUAAUGUAGCAUUACUGUCAUCUAUUAAAGCGUGUAGAUGACAGAAUGGUAUUUCAAUUUAUACGACAAUACAAACGACUUACGGGGAGAUAAGGGCAAGAAAUGUGGGGUAGCAUAUCCUAAAAAUAAGCUUUUGACUGCUCAAACCGUUCUCUUCCCCCUUUUAUUUUUUUCUUGUGUGUCUUUCUCCUUCAACUUAGAAUAUCACUUUGC